GACGGAAAUGUAAAUAGCGCUGUUUUAGUUGGCUACUAGCCACUGCUACGAGUGGAUCUUACUAACGUUAGGAUUGAAGUAAAUUACUACUUUAGUUAUAAGGCUAAAAAGCCGAGCCUCUUUGCAAUUCCAGAACAUAAAUCCCAUAACUCGAAUAUGACAAAUUGAUGUUUAGAGUGGUACAUCAGAUUGCGAAAGUAAACCUGUUUUUUUGUAAAAGUGAGUUGUGUAAAAAUCUUCCAACAAACUAGAAACAAGAUUUAUAAUUUUAUAUCUCUAACACAAUAAUAAAAAUUAAAAAAAAUCAUACGAAUUAAUCUUCAGGCCCGAUGUGAUGGUUUGUACUUAGUAAUAAAAACCACAAUGAUGUAACAGCCGCAACUUAGUGGAAAUCGUGAGUCUCAGGUUUCAAGAGAUAAAAGUAGGUAGUUCGUGUCAGUAGUGCAUGUGUAUCUCACUUUGUUUUGAGUCUAAACAACACUGAGCGUCGUCGUUCGUAAGUAAGUGUUGGCUUCAAGAAGGUAUAUCUAAGGAUCGAGACGAGCCGCAUUCCCUUAUGCAAAUAUAUGCGAAUAAUUUUCAAUUGAUAACAAUUGGCGACGGUGACGCAGCUUCUCUUAUAGGACUAACUUGUCACGGGAACAGUAACCUAAACCAUUAACGAGCCAAUUAACAUGGCCUGUCCACUGCUCAGUUUGGUGAUGUUUCUGAUAGUGCUGGUGCUGCAGCUGGUCACCUACUGUAAGGCAGCGCUGGUCGCGCUUCCGGAAUCCGGUGCUCGCGAUGAGCCCACGCUUGGCUGGAACGUGCAGUAUGAUCCGAAGAAUCUUACGCUACAUAUGCAUACGGUUGGCAACAUAAGCCUGGUGCUGGAUGGCUUGGACCCGACACAGUUGGGCAAUGAUGCGUUGAUUCAGUUGAAAAGCGACCGGGAACAUGUGGCGACGAUCGUUGGCCAAGGGUUCAUACCGGUGGUGGAGCUGAAGGAUGGGUCCUACCAGGGCCAGUUCAAUGUGUCGGCUGGGUUUCUUGGUUCUUCCAAUCUGUAUGUGGAAGUGACCAAAUCGGACAACCGGACAGAGCAAUCCGAUCAAAAGUUACCGAUAACCGUGAUACGUGAGCAACGGGUUAUCGAUACAGUUUUCACGGCUUCGGUUGCGAUUCUGGUGUCAAUUUUGUAUAUUAACUUUGGGGCUGCUUUGGACGUUCCCACCUUGAAAGCGAUUAUAGUUCGACCGAUUGGACCAGUCAUUGGAUUCCUAGCUCAGUUCCUUUUUAUGCCGGUGCUCAGUUACGGUUUAGGGAAAUUGCUAUUUCCAGACAGCUACGAGCUGCAGCUGGGAUUGUUCUUUACCGGUGUGUCCCCAGCAGGGGGAGCUUCGAAUAUCUGGACCGUGGUGCUGGGCGGCAAUUUGAAUCUCUCGCUAGCGAUGACCACCAUAAGUACCCUAGCCGCGUUUGGGAUGAUGCCCUUGUGGAUUUUUUCUCUAGGUCGACACAUUUUCAACAGUGCUAACCUGCAGGUACCCUACCGAAAUAUAGCUACUUUCGCCGUCGGAUUGGUCGUACCCGUGGGAAUUGGCUUGCUUAUUCAACGCUACAGUCCCCGAACGGCACAAAUCCUCGUACGCAUCCUGAAGCCCAUGUCGGCCGUUCUGAUCCUUUUCAUCGUCAUCUUCGCCAUCGUCACCAAUCUGUACCUUUUCGAGCUGUUCUCCUGGCAAAUUGUCACCGCCGGCUUGGGGCUUCCCUGGAUCGGGUACAUCUUCGGCUUCCUGGCCAGUAAGGCGGCACGUUUGCCCACAACCGAUGCGCUGGCCAUCUCAGUCGAAACCGGCAUCCAGAACACGGGCAUUGCCAUCUUCCUGCUCAGGUUCUCGCUGGAUCAACCGGCGGCCGAUCUGACCACGGUAGUGCCGGUCUCGGCUGCCAUCAUGACCCCAUUCCCGCUGAUGGCACUCUGGGCGGUGUUGAAAAUACGCGAGCGUACGUUUCCAUCUACCUCCUUUCCAGAUAUACGGUACACAAGCUUGAGGUGAUGCCGAAGGAUUCCAGCCGACAUGCGCUAGCAGGUGAAGAAUCCUCUCGAAGUAUCGAGGAGUGAUGGUUCAGUGGCAUCGACUUAAGAAAACCACUCAUCAGCUGGACUAAACCGACGAAGAGUGUUUGGGACCAAAAUCGAACAACGUGAAACGUUUUGUUUUUUUUUCCUUCUUGCAAUAACGUUGAUGUUUAGUAUUAUGCGUAGACUUUGUGGAAAGUAAAAUGAAUAUCUAUCAGGA